AUGCUUUUUCAUAAACUAUUAAGUUGUUACAUAUAUUUUCUGUUCUUAUCUAUCUAUCUAUCUAUCUAUCUCAGUCUGUUCUUAUCUAUCUAUCUAUCUAUGUUCUUAUCUAUCUUAGUCUGUUCUUAUCUAUCUAUGUUCUUAUCUAUCUCUCUCAGUCUGUUCUUAUCUAUCUAUCUAUCUAUGUUCUUAUCUAUCUAUCUGAGUCUGUUAUCUAUCUAUCUAUCUGAGUCUGUUCUUAUCUAUCUAUCUAUCUCAGUCUGUUCUUAUCUAUCUAUCUAUCUAUCUAUCUAUCUCAGUCUGUUCUUAUCUAUCUAUCUAUCUAUCUCAGUCUGUUCUUAUCUAUCUAUCUAUCUAUCUCAGUCUGUUCUUAUCUAUCUAUCUAUCUAUCUCAGUCUGUUCUUAUCUAUCUAUCUAUGUUCUUAUCUAUCUAUCUUAGUCUGUUCUUAUCUAUCUAUCUAUCUAUGUUCUUAUCUAUCUAUCUAUCUAUUCUGUUCUUAUCUAUCUAUCUAUCUAUGUUCUUAUCUAUCUAUCUAUCUAUCUAUCUAUGUUCUUAUCUAUCUAUCUAUCUACCCAUCUGAGUCUGUUCUUAUCUAUCUAUCUAUCUAUGUUCUUAUCUAUCUAUCUAUCUAUCUAUCUAUCUAUGUUCUUAUCUAUCUAUCUAUCUACUGUUCUGAGUCUGUUCUUAUCUAUCUAUCUAUCUAUCUAUCUAUCUACCGUUCUGAGUCUGUUCUUAUCUAUCUAUCUAUCUAUCUAUCUCAGUCUGUUCUUAUCUAUCUAUCUUAUUCUUAUCUAUCUAUCUAUCUAUCUAUCUAUCUAUCUAUCUAUCUAUCUAUCUAUCUAUCUAUCAAUCUAGCAAUCUGUAUCCCCCCUGCAGCUUCCAGCACUCCUACCGCUUUCAGCUCACUCCUGCAGCCUUCAGCUCACUCCAGCAGCUUCCAGCACUCCUGCAGCUUCCAGCUCUCUCCUGCAGCUUCCAGCACUCCUGCAGCCUUCAGCUCACUCCUGCAGCUUCCAGCACUCCUGCAGCCUCCAGCUCACUCCAACAGCUUCCAGCGGCCUCCAGCUCUCUCCUGCAGCUUCCAGCACUCCUGCAGCCUUCAGCUCACUCCUGCAGCUUCCAGCACUCCUGCAGCUUCCAGCACUCCUGCAGCCUCCAGCUCACUCCAACAGCUUCCAGCACUCCUGCAGCCUCCAGCUCACCCCUGCGGCGCUCAGACUGACAACCCGCGACCUAAUCCAGUGCCCACUGACGUCCAGCGCCCGUUAUCGUCCGGACACCGUUCCCGAACAAACGACCUCUGUCGUCUUACCAUCCACCGUUCGCAAAUAAAGACACGAUUUCCAUCGUCUACAACGGACCAUCUGCGUUUGUCAUCCUUCUUUGCUAUUGCCAUCUCCUUGCCUUUGUGUCCCCUAUUUUAG